AUGAAAGGCCACCCCGAGACGUCGCAAGGGGCGGCGGGCGUGGACGGUGAUCCCUGCGACAUCUCGGGCGCGGGCUGGGCGAGUCUUGAAAGCAGGUUCAAUGAGCUACUCCACCUGAUGGACGCCCCCUCCAACGGCAUCAAUGCGCUGGCGGCCCGUUCUGCGCAUGGAGAUCGUGUGGCAACAGUCAUUGCCCAGCUGCUGGAUCGGGCCCAAGAUGAGAGUCGUAGACUGUUGGUGGAGGGAAACGGCGAGGCGGCAGCUGAGGCAGGUGUGAAAACGUUGCGGCUAAAGGAAAGGUUUUACGGGAAAACGAGUGUCAAGCUUGUGCCGGCCUACUUCCACCUAGCACGCACCAAUCAGUUUUUAGGACGCUAUGGAAAUGCAGAGGAGAUGUUGUCCCUUGCUCAUUUCAUUAUUCUUAACCACCCGGGGGAGGUUGACACGGCGAUGAAGGCAGAACUUCAUCAGACAUUUGGACUACUGUACGCUGCUGAUAAUAAAAUUGAAGCCGCUAUACAGCAUCUGACAGCCGCCACGUACUAUCUGAGUGUACUGAAUGGACCAGAGGACGUCUUGACGGCCUUUGGUUAUUUUGAUCUGGCCAAUGUGUUUGCGACCAAGGCCAGUAUGGAGGCGGCUAUGGCACUCUACGACACGGUGAAGAACAUUUGGCUAAAAUACCUGCGGCAUCACCUCAAGGACAUUGUAGAGGAGGCACUAGCAGCAAAGGCCGUCAAGCGGUACGAAGAUGAUGAGGUGGUGCAGGACACGGGUUACGCCUCCGCGAAGGCCUUUGGAAAGGAAAAUUUGGCCGAUGUCUCUAAGAUGUUGCAUGCCAUUUACAAAAUUCAGAGAGAGCGCUUUACCACUUCACACCCGACGACGGCACGAGCACAGUUUGUGCUUGGCUUAUUUCUCCUUUGGGUGAGUAAAAAGGAGGAGGCGGGGCGGCAUCUACGAACAGCGCGGGUGACGACGCAACGUUUCCACGGUGAGCGGCAUCCAGUAGUACAGGAAAUAGAGGAGUGGUGCGAGUGGUUCGAAAUACCUCUGAAGUAA